GCCAGUCUCUCAAGACUUGGACUGUAGCUGGACCGGUCUUCACUUGCUCUGACCUUUUCAUAUUCUAUCAUUCUCUCUGUCUGUCUAACCUCUUCAUGUUCCCUCUGUUUGUCCCUCAACUGUUGCUAUAUUGUUUCUCUGUGUCUCAAACCUGCUCACACUCUCAUGUUCUCAUUCAUAUUCUCUCUCUCUCUCUGACCUGAUCCUCUCUCUCUCUCUCUCUCUCUCUCUCUCUCUGACCUGAUCUUCUCUCUCUCUCUCUCUCACCUGUUUUUGUAUCUUUCUCUGUUUCCAGCCUGUUCAUAUUUGAUCUUCUGGUCUUUUCUUUGUCUCCUGCUCUUUCACGAAGUUGAAUAUACAGAUAUAUCCGUCGUUAUUUAACUCUGCAGUGCUAUACGGAGCUCCGGGGCUUUAGGCAGACUGCUGUCUCUCUCUCACAGGCCUGUUUGUGGACUAUGCCGCUGUUGGCCGUGCGGUUGACGGUCUGUAUGGUGUGGAUUUGCUCCGCGGUCUCUGCUCAUCGUUCACAGCCACUUCUCAACUACAGCGCUCUGUCCCUGCACCCUCUGCACCUUCCCUACUUUCUCCACAACAACCGCCGUGUGGCUAAAGUCUGCCGGGAGGACCCGCUCUGUCCGUUCAGAGAUGCUCUAUGGGUGAAGGAGUCGUGUUGGGGUUAUGAACAAAACUGCUCCCCAGUGCACAGGUUCAGCUUCCCUGUCUGCACCAGCGUGGACUCAGGAUGGGCCAACUCAGUGCAGGCGGCUCAGGAGCUCUUCUGGAAGCAGGCUGACUUUGGCUACGUGAGAGAGAGAUUAAGUGAGAUGAAGACUCUCUGCAAGCCUUUGACUCCUGGGGAGUCUUCUCUGAAGUGUACGAGCCACUUGCGUUUUUGUAGAGCCACCAACCUUUACCUGGACCUACGGAAACCCCGCAGAGGUCAUGAGAGGUAUAAGGAGGAUUUCCUGCAGCAGGGGGAGAUAGGGGGCCACUGCAGACUGAACAGCCGAGCGCUGGAAGCACAAGGACAGCACAAGAGCCCCCUGCAGUCCUGGUUUGCAGAGCUGCAGACGUACACGGAGCUCGACUUCCACCCCAUAGACGACGGUCACUGUGACAUCAUCGUCGAGAGACCCACUGUCUUCAUGAAGCUGGAUGCAGGAGUGAAUAUGUACCAUCAUUUCUGUGACUUUGUCAAUCUGUACAUCUCCCAGCACCUCAACAACUCCUUCAGUAGAGACAUCAACAUCGUCAUGUGGGACACGAGUUUGUAUGGCUACGGAGACCUGUUCAGUGAAACCUGGAGAGCCUUUUCAGAUUACGACAUCAUACACCUUAAAACCUACGACUCAAAAAGAGUGUGUUUCAGGGACGCCUUUUUCUCUCUGCUGCCAAGGAUGAGAUACGGCCUCUUCUACAACACCCCACUGAUUUCAAACUGCCACAGUGAGGGGAUGUUCAGAGCGUUCUCUCAGCAUGUCCUUCAUCGACUCAACAUCACACAGGCGAGACUCAAGGAUGGACGGGUCAGGGUGACUCUGCUUGCCCGGAGUACAGACUACCGCAGGAUAUUAAACCAGCAGGAGCUGAUAAACGCUCUGAAGACCGUGACUUUAUUUGAGGUCAAGCUGGUGGAUUACAAGUACAAAGAUAUGCCGUUUUUGGAGCAGAUCAGAGUGACCCAUAACUCGGACAUCUUCAUCGGGAUGCAUGGAGCCGGGCUCACUCACCUGCUCUUCCUCCCCGACUGGGCUGUCAUAUUCGAACUCUAUAACUGUCAGGAUGAAAGCUGCUAUCGCGAUCUGGCGAGGCUGAGAGGCAUUCACUACCUGACAUGGCAGAGACAGGACAAAGUGUUUCCUGAGGAUAAGGGUCAUCACCCCACACUUGGAGAGCACCCCAAAUUCACUAAUUAUGCUUUUGACCCGGAGGAGUUCAUGCGCUUGGUGAUGCUGGCUGCUGAUCAUGUGAUGCACCACCCGGAGUGGCGUUCACAACAAAGCAGAGAUGAGCUGUAGCAUCAUAGAUACACAUGUACAUUUAAACCCAGACACACAGCUAAAGCACAGCUGAAACACUCCUAAAUGUCAUGAUGGAAAGUGCUGAUCCAGGAUUGGUUUUACCCCUCAGAUAAUAAUGUUUAUAAGUUUAAGGACAUGGGAACCCUGGUCCAGGAUCAGCACUUAAUAAAAAAUGUGUAUUUAAUUGCUGUCAUAACAAAACAGACUGUUCAGGAGGAUGAAAACUAUUCUAAGCUUUAAUAUACAGUACUGGCUGAAAGUCUUAGGCACCCAAGAUACGUUUUCAAUAUAUAUUUAUUUGUGUAG